UUCAACCUGGUUGAAUUUUGAGCGGGUGUUGCCGUUGUACUGGUUGUACGGUUACACCGUUACACGGUUACACCCACAGUUUGUUACACCGGUUACACCCACGGUGUGGGGGUGUGGGUGGUGGUGGUGCUCGUAAGUUUUAGUUGCAGAAACACCCUCUGGUCUCUACGUCGCCGCGGUUUUUCAUCCUCUUUAAAAUGGAACAUAAAGAAAUACGCUGCAUGGGUUGGGGCGUCAAGCCCUCCGGGGAGUCUACCAUGCAAGUCGAGGCACGCACUUGGAACGGCAAGUGCUUCGUGACCGCGAACGUUCAGCAACGUAUCGACGACACUCACAUCCAGUGCGUCGACGGCCGGGUGUACGAGUUGGUUGGAGAAUUUGAUUACGUCAGCGGCGCAAAACACGGACUUCCCAGUAGGAUCCUAGACACCUUCAAGGAGGGCGUCCCCGAGAAUUGGGCCCAGGUCAUCGCAGGUUGGACGUCGGAAGUUCAGAAAUUUCAGCCUUCCGCAACCGACCAGUACUGUAACGACGACGCAGACGCCGAAAACAGCUGGGGUGUGACAAAGAAGGCAAGUUCCAAGAAGGCAGAGGGGCCAGGUGCUAGAGCCUCUGCAAGAACUGUGAUGGCCGAGCAGGCAUGUAAAACCGUAAAAGAAACUUAUCACGUAGAAGGUCGUCGUGACCAACCUAAGCGACCGUGCAAGAAAAACGCCAGAACUGAAGUUGCAACAGGAGACGAGAAAAAAGAAGGGCCCAGACCGAAAAGUGGGAGACAAUGGCGAAAUGCCAACCCGCAGAAAGAGGACGUCACUCUGCCUGUGAACAUCACUGCAAGAAAAGGAACUGUAAAACGACAAACGCAGGUUCACAAAGCAGACAAGACACUCUCCGUAGCCCCUGAGGAUAAUGCCACUCUGUCCGUUGCAACCGUUGCAAGAAAAAGGAGGUCCAGAAAGCAGGUCCAGAAAGUAGAUAAGGCGAUUGCAGCUGUUGCUGAGGGCGAUGCCAUUCUGGCCGUAGAAACCUCUGUAAAGAAAAGGACUCUGAAACGACGAAUGCAGGCCCAGAAAGUGGACAAGGCAAUUGCCACUGUCGCCAAGGGCAACGCCACUCUAGCCGUAGCAACCGCUGCAAGGAAAGGGACUCUGAAACGACGAACGCAGGUUCAGAAAGUGGACGAGGCGAUUGCAACUGUCGCUGAGGGCAAUAACACUCUGGCCGUAGCAACCGCUGCAAGGAAAGGGACUCUGAAACAACGAAUGCUGACGCAGAAAGCAAACAAGGCCACAGUGUCGAGCGACAUGUUUCGGUCCCCUGUUCCGACAAAAGACUGGGUCAUGCCGCCUGCAUUGCUCCUUGCAGGGAGUGACGAAGAACAGGACGAUGCAAUGUGGGCAGCUGGACCCACGCCACCCCUGGGUCCCACCUUUGGCAGCCCUAAUCGCCACAGUCCUUGCUCGAGCGCCACGCCGUCCCCAGGUUUCAUUGUGUCGGGGAAAGUCUUCCACGGCCUGAAGAAGGCGGUGGAAGCCGAAGACAAGAAGAGUUGUCGUCCCACUUCUGUGCCAAAGAGAGCUGGGGGGAGGGUGCCGUCCAGGGCAAAAAGAGUCCUGAGAGAGCUACAGUUGUCAAAAGGUCAGCUCCAAGACGGGAAAGAACAAGAGAGCCACCCGCAGCAGUUCGAUGUGGAGCUGGACUAGGUGCAUUUUGGCAGCGACAGCUUUUCCUAAAGGCUUGCACGUGGCACGUCGGACAUGUAUCUUGUGGCUCAGCUGAGCCGAAUUGCUUUUGGCAUUUUAUAUUAAAUUAUGUGCAUGUAUAAAUUAUUUUGUACAAGUUCCGCAUUAAUUUGCUCUACCUUAGCUGAAGCAGCAUUGCAGCGAGAGAAGAAAUUUAAACAGAACAUGUGCCCAUAUGAAUGUUCAGUUUGGGUACAGGUGUUCCCUUGCAUUAAUGUGAGCAGCCCCCAAGAAAUGCCUAUGCAGACAGUUGGAUGGAAGCUGCGUGCCUGUCGGAUGCGUCGUACGUCGAGUUUUUUCCCGUGCCAGUUAGAAAGAGGGAGGAUCAAGUGAUGAAAGGGAGGCGGUCGACCGGUCUAGCUGACACGUACCUCCCACCGUGCUGUCGGCUUGAAUGGAGUUUCACAGUGUGGUGUUUUAUGGUUACCGUCGCCUUGUAUGAGCACUUAAAAUGUUUCACAAUGACUCCAUGUCUGGAUUGAAACUGCUUUACAUAUUUCUUCCAGAUCUGGUACUGCAUCAGCUUGGUUUCUUGGUAGCUAACUAUGCGUUACCUUGCCCCAGACAAAAUGGUUCUGUAUGAUAUGGCUCCAACUGUGAGGCCAGUCAACGUGUUUAAAAAAUUCUUUAUUCGAAUGCAGUGGUUAUAUAUAUUACACAUAACUAUACAUUAUGGUAUAUAUAAGAUCUCAUGCUUGCCCCAACCUUUGAAGUAAGUAAAUUUGAAAACAAACGUCUUGUAACAU